AUGAAUAUGAGCAAGCAAUUAUUGUACACACAUAAAGAUAAUGAAAUUUCUGAGUCAUAUAAUGAUAAAAAACCAAAAAAUCCAGAAAUUGAUGCUAUGAAGUCUCAUAUCAUCAGUAUGAGCAUCACUACUGAAUUAUUGUCCCAUUUUCUACCAACUUGCCUACAUAUAUCAAAAAACAUUUAUGAAACACUAACAAAACUUAACAAAUAUUCAAACGAAGAACUCAUUUCGUUUAGUCUUGAUCUUGAUAAUGUUGUUUUAUCUUUGUGUGCAAAAAUCCAGCAAAUUUCACAAGAAGAAAUUUUAUUGAAAGUGCAUAAUUUAAGAAAUUCUUUAAUUUCUACACACAUAAUAGAAAAUUGCAAUGGCUCAGAAAUUUUAUUAGAAACCUUGCCAAAAUUGCAAGGAGCAAAAUUAACUAUGGAUUUAUGUGCCGAACAGCUUGGGCAAAUAAUAGACGAAGAACAAUCUAAAGCUCUUUCAGCAAUUUUUACAUUAACAAAAUAUCUAGGAAAUAAUGAAGACCAAUUUUUAGCUUGGAAAUUAAAUCAGGAAAGUAAUGAAAUUAAGAAACUGCCAUAUAGUAAAAGAAUCGAAAAAUUUUUAGAACUGAGAUAUAAAGAAAGCCAACAUGAGCUAAAAUUGCUUAAAAACUUUGAUUGCUUAAUAAGUAGUUUAAAGAAAAUAAAUGCCGAGCUUCAUAAUUUAGCUGAAAACUCUGAAAAUGAGAGUAAUCUAUUGGAAAUUUCAGGAAUAAAAUUAGUUGAAAAUGUGAUGAAAAAGUUAAAAAUCUUUGAAAAAUUUGAGUAUGAAAAAGAAAUGAAUGGAGAACUUGUCGAGUCUUCUAGCACUCAAACAGAAAAUGAAAAAGACAUUGAUUUAAUAAGCAAAGAUAAUUUUACAAGAAUUGAUUUAAAGCAAAACUCAACAAAUUUAGGGCAAAUAGAAGGAGAUAGUGCAAUUAAAUCAACUUCUAUAAUCUCAUAUGAAAAAUUAUCACAGAUCCCUGGAAUAAAAUUGAAUGAUAAAAGAUCGAUUAUUAGUGCGAAUAGCAUAUUGAUAAACCCAGCUCUAAAAAGCAAAAAAAUUUGCAAAUUUUCAAUAAAAAACCUUGAUGGCAUGGCAAUUAAUAUUUUUUCAAAUUCGAUGCAAAAUAAUAAAAUACUCCAGAACCCACAGACUAAAGAUGAUAUAGCUGAGUUAAAUAGUUCUAAUAGUUUAUUAAAGCGCGUUAGUAGUGUCGAUAGUAGCACACAUUCAAAUAAACAAAAAGAAUCCAUUGGAUCAUUAAAAGCAAAUAGUCAUGGCACGAACCCAUUUGUAUUAACUAAUAAAAGCUUAAAAGAACAUUUAAAAAAGACUGAAUCAGCUGAACAGUUAUUAAAUUGGAAAAAAAAUAAAAUAGACAUAACGCUGAGAAAAGCUAUCAAAAAUUGGAAAAUAUCAAAUACUAGUGCGAUAAGAAGGGCAUUUAUAAUAUGAAAAGAAAACCAAAGUAGUUUUGAAAUCGAGAUGCUUGAAGAAUCAUCUCCUUAUAGUCAAAAAAUGCUAAAUUCAACAAGAAACUCUAUUGAAAAUAAUAGCAAUUCUUUAAACUCAUUAAAUGCUUCAGGAAAAGGAUCUUUUACAGAAUUUUUGAACAUAGAAAAAGUUAACGCAAUACUAAAAAUUGCUAUUAAAAACCAAGAAAUAAAUGCAUUCCACUCAAUAAAAGAUAAAUUUAAUAAAUGAAAGAAAAAUAUACAAGAGAGCUAUAAUUCCUUGGAAAGCAUUGAUAAGAUUGAAGAAAAUCAAUUUGAAAAUAAGCCAGUAUCUCUUCGUAGAAGCACAAGGAAUCUCACCAGGCUUCCUACUAUAAAUGAUAUUAUUAGUGAAGAAUGUGAAGCAAAAGCUAAAGAGUCAAUUCUGCAAGAAAAACAGAAACUCCUUAACGAAAACCUUAUUAUGGAAAACUAUAAAAAAGUAGAAACUAAAUUAGAAAAGCCAAUGUCUUAUAUCAACAUUUUCAGGUUUUUAGAAGAAAUGAUGGAUAAUAAAUAUAAAACUGACAAAAAAGACUUACUCCCCCCUCGAAGUUCGACCAAUAUUUUUUUGGUCGAACUUCGAGGGGGGUUAAGAACAAUUUUUUUAAAAAAAAGUUAUAUAGAAUUUUUUUUAUAUAAUUUAGUAGUUAGAAAAAAUAGUGCAAGAUGGUUUUGUAACGCUUUUUUAGAACUUGAAUACAAAAAUCGCAAGCUCACCCCCACAUAGAUUAAAAUUUUUGAAAAAUUGCUUAUUUUCCUAGUAAAUUUAUAUAGGUCUUGGUCGAACUUUGAGGGGGGUUAAUUUUCCAAAAAAAUAGGAAUUUUCCCUAUAUCUUUGUCGAACUUCGAGGGGGGGGAGUUAAAAGACAAGCGAAAGCCAAGAUCAAUGACAGAAUUCAUGAUGGAGUAUCUUAAUAGACGCUUUGGGAUUGAAUUUCUUGCUAUUAAAACACUAUGCCAAAUUCUCCCGGCUAUAAAAUCAUUAGUAGACGAGCGGCAUCCUUAUGGCUGCUUCUAUGCCCGUCUUUUACAAAUUUUUCAUCCAGACCCAGUCCCUUAUAAUUUGUCUCUUUAUUUAGUAAGAGCUAGAUACGAUUUUAACCCUUUCGUAGAAAAAGCUGACAGAUUUAAGGAAACUCUAGGAUUUCGUCCAAAUAAAGAAAUCAAGCUAAAGCAAACAACUUAUGGGAAAGUGGCACAUGAUUAUGCUGGAACUGGAGGGGAAGCUAUGCUUGUUGAUAUAAUUGAUUAUGUCUAUAAUCUUUUCCAAGAAGACCCAGAAUCAGGAACAUUACUACUCGAAAAAAUUUGUCCUGAGAAAGUAGUUUUUAAUGAUUUUAUUGGUUUUUUGAUUGCAAAUAAAAUGAGAAAAAAAGGGAAAAGACCUGAAGAGCUUUUUAAUAAAUUGGACAAAAACCAUGGCGGAACUCUUGAUGGACAAGAAUUCAUUGAAGGCGCCAAAAAAGAUUUAGAGCUUUGGAUUUCUGAUGUAAAUAUCAUCAAAUUUUUUCAAGAAGUCGAUAUUUCUAAACACGGAGAAAUCACCCAAGAGGAAUUUUUUUCUGUUGUAAAUGUAGAAAAAUACACCAAAUGCACCAAAAGUUUAGAUUAUGUUGUGACUAAAGAGCGAUUUUUGAAUGCUCUGAUAGAUGUGUAUGAAUUUCGACAAAUAAGAGAUGGAGCUUUUUUAAGGCAAUCGCUAGCAGAAUAUGGAUUAAAUUUAAUGAAUCCUACAACCUUUAUUGAAACUGUGAAGAUAAUUGAUCCGAAAAUAUCAACAAUAAAAAUUGCAGAUCUUCAUAAAAAAGAUGAAUUAUUAAAACAGCUUGAUCUGAAGUGGCCUCCGUUGUUCAGUGAGUUGAUCCAGACCAUGAUAGAGGACCAAUAUGGAAAGAGUUUUCGAGGUGGUUUUUUAUCCAGGGUUGAUCCUUGAUCUUUUUUCCUAGAUCGCAGCGCACUUACUGAUGCAAUACCUCUUAGCGCUCCAUGGAGAAAUUACUGAGCCUAUAUAGAUUGGCUUAGACGGAUCUUGGAGGGGGGCAAAAGAGAUUCUCUCAGACUCAGACCCCCUUGGGAGGCUCAUAUAGGCUUUUUCAUUUGGUUGAGACCAAGAAAACUGGAAGAGGGUCCUCCCCGAGAGAUCUCUCACUAUUUUUUUGUAUACCAGGGGUAAAAGGCAGGCUUGAUGAUAGCACUUACUUUCCCCCCAUCCAUGAGCUAACAAAAUUAUUAGAAAAAUCCCUAUUUUUUGCCCAAAACCCACACUUCGUAAGCGAACAAAAAUUUUUUAUGAAAAAAAAAAUUGAUAUAUAAGUGAUAAUUAAUAUAAUGAAAUCUCUAGCUAAUUCUGUUUAAUUUUAAAAUAAAAAUAGUUUUAAAACAUAAAUUUUACAAAUUUAAUUAAUAUUUUUGCUUUCCGAUUUUUUGCUAACUCCCCCCCCCCCUCCGUGAGUGAACAAAACCAUUAGAAAAAUCACCAUUUUUUGCCCAAAAACCCACCCUCCGUGAGUGAACAAAAAUUUUUUUAAUAGAAAAAUUUUUUAUGGAAAAAAUUUUUGAUAUAUAAAUGAUAAUUAGUAUAAUAAAAUCUAGAGCUAAUUCUAUUUAAUUUUAAACGAAUUGCUCUUUAAAACAUAAAUUUUAUAAAUUAAAUUUAAUAUUUGCCUUCCAAUUUUUGCGAAUUAGGAUUUUUUUAAAUUUAGAAAAAAAAAAUAUUUUUUAUAAAAUUUAUAUAUAAAUUUUUUUUAAAAAAAACAAAUUAACCCCCCUCCGUGAGUGAACAAAAUUUUUUUGUUCACUCACGGGGGGGGGGGGGGGAGUAAGUGGGAAUUUUUAAAUUUUAAAAAAAUAAAAUUUUCAAUAAAAUUUAUAUAUAAUUUUUUUUAUAAAAAAAAUUAACUCCCGUCCGUGAGGGAACAAAAAAUUUUGUUCAAGCGCCAAUGCCAAGAUACCGCGGUACGGCAAGAGGCUGAGAUAAUCCCUGCAGAUCCUUUAGAAUUUUAAACUAGUUUAAUCAUAAAGAAGCUAUUGCAAUUUGUAAACACUUUAAAGGGAUUGAUAAAGACACUUUUGUGAAAAUUGCUUUAAGGCAUGGCAUAGGUGGGUAUGGACUUGGAUCAUUUGCCAUAAGAGAGCUCUUAGAUGUGCUGGGAAAAAGACAAUUUGUUGUGGAUAUUUCAUUGAAGCCAGAUGAAACAGUGUCUAUUAAAAAGGGAGAAAUUGAGCCUGCAAAAAGAGUUAUAGGAGACAGAAAAAAUGCAGCAAAUAAAAUUAAUAGGGAAGGUUCAAAGUCUCCAAUAAAUAAAGGCAACCAAAAUAUGGCGAAAAAUUCCAGAAGUCCAAUAUCUAAAAAAUCAUCUUUUUCUUAAUUAAAGAUGUAAAUUUUGAAAAUAUUCCAUUUAAUCCAUAAUUGAUAACAAAUUUUAAUUGGAAAAAUAAAUAUAUUUCUUGCAAAAUUCAAGAAAAUUCUAUAAAUCUUUAGGCUUCAUUUAGCAUCUAAUAACUAUUUAUUGCUUUAUUUAGCAUUAAUAACUAUAUAUUGAAAUUUGGCUUAGUAUUGUAAUAAUAAUAAUUAAAACUCACGGAAAUUAUAAAACAGCAAUUCAAGAUUUUCCUAUUCACAGAAACUUGAACCAAAAUAGAAUUAGACAAUUAAAAAUAAAUUUAUCCUAA